CCUUGUACACUUUAUGGUUUAGAAUAAGUAACCAUAUGUGUAUUUUAUAUUAUAAUCAUAAUUUAAGUGCGGUCUGUUUAGACCGAGUUUAAAACUGAUGUGUUAUCGUUAGUGCUACAUUGACACAUUUUGUAUUUCUACUGAAAGCGCACUGUUCGCAUAUACACCUUUCUUUUGUCUUUGACUAUUUAUAAUUAUAAUUGAGUUAUAUUUAUAAAAAUGGCAUUUUUGUUUCAGAGAAUAAUUCCCGAAGAAAAGCUUGGCGCCUUAAAUAAUUACUCAUUUUCACACGCAGCUCUCACUCCUUUAGAUAGGCUUCUAAAUCACAUAUGGUGGAUUCCGAUUCAUAAAACAGUCCCCAGGUGGAUUGCACCGAAUGUGUUAACAAUAUGUGGAGGAUUGUCCGUAGUUUUGCUAAAUUUUCUAAUAUUUUUUAAUAUGCCAGACCUAGUUUCAUCUGACAUACCAAAAUGGCUUCCAAUCGCAAUUGCGAUAUGCAUAAUCUUGUACAUGACAUUUGACGGUAUUGAUGGGAUGCAAGCAAGGAGUCUCGGUUUAUCAUCACCUUUGGGGCAGUUGUUGGAUCAUGGUUUGGAUGCCAUGACAACUUCUUUCUAUCCAUAUUUCUUCCUUAUUCUUACACCCAAUGGAUAUGAUUUUCCUAUCGCAUUUGAGGUUAUUGUUGCCCAGCUCAAUGUAUUAGUGAUAAAUUGGAGAGAGGUCCAAUUUGGUGGAUUUUCUUACUCUUCAUUACCGUUUACUGGUGUAUCUGAACCUAUGCUUGGGACUAUUAUUGCUCUGUUCGUUCACUAUUUCCAUCCCGGAGUAUUCGCCAAAUCAGCUUCAGUUCUUUUUUCCUCAUGUUCAUUUCUGCAAAAAUUAUAUGGUUAUGUUCCAUAUGAUCUUACUAUUCUCGAAUUUAUCGAAUACCUCUCGGUUUCCUGUGCAUCUUCUUCUAUUGUUACAUUUCUUGUACAAUCGUAUAAACAAUGUAAAAAGAAGUCUACGUUUUACGCGCACACAACACUUCCACUUAUCCCACUGAUUCUUCCAAGAGAUUUACACAGGCCUUUUUGUAUUUUUGCAUCUUCUGUUGGGGGUAUAGUCUCUAUAGAUUGGGUUAUUAGUGCUGUAUCUAAAACCAAAUCUAAUUUCUUCCAUCCCCAAUUAGUUUUGCAUUAUACGGUUAUCUUGAGCCUUCUCUUACAGCAUCUCGGAGAGGCCCUUGGAGUUGACAUGGGAUAUUGGACCGCAGAUCCUAUUCUGCUCAAAAAUGUUCUACUAUACACAACCAUAUUUGGGUUCAGUUAUACGUUUUUAAAAUUUUCAAAGACGAUUUACGAGAUCAAAGCACACUUGGGGAUCCCUAUUUUCACAGUUCCUCCUCAAGUGUAUCACGCUAAGAAGGCAUAA